AUGAAGCUAUCAUUCCCUCUAUAUGAUCCGUCAACAUACAGCGACACAGCCGCAACACUGACCACCCUCGUAAUAGCUGUAACUGAAGGCUGCACCAGCUCAUUUCCACAGAUGGACAUGGACGAAAGAAUCGCAACACUGACAGCUGUUCAAGUAUGGGGAGCUCUCAGAGGAUUGGAGACGUUCAGCCAACUGAUCUACCAGCCUACAAAGAACAAGUACCGCGUUCGGACUGUAUCAAUUGCUGACUCUCCGCGUUUUCCACAUCGAGGAGUAAUGAUCGACUCUUCCCGACACUUUCUUCCAGUUGGAAUCAUUCUCGAAAACCUCGAUCUCAUGGCACAAAACAAGAUGAACGUCUUGCACUGGCAUUUGGUGGAUAGCGAAUCGUUCCCAUACACGUCGCUCAAAUUCCCAAAUAUGUCUCUCCUGGGAGCUUACACGCCUGCUCAUAUCUAUUCCGUUGACGACAUCAGGAAAGUGAUGGACUACGCACGCUUGAGGGGGAUUCGUGUCGUUCCAGAAUUCGAUACACCAGGUCACGCUGGUGCAUGGGGCAAAGCGUUUCCCAAUUUGCUUCCCGCUGUGCUACAACUCAAUGGGAUUCAUAGAUGA